UGUCCGUGCGUGCGGGGGCCGGCGCUGGGCGGGCUUUGGGUCCCGGGGCUCAAAGCCUGCGGCCCCAGAUCCCCACCAUGACGCCCCUCAAGGUGGGCGAUAAGCUGCCCUCGGUGGAGUUGUUUGAGGGCGAUCCCGGGAAUAAGGUGAACCUGGAGGAUUUGUUCAAGGGCAAGAAAGGAGUCCUGUUCGGGGUCCCCGGGGCCUUCACUCCGGGCUGCUCCAAGACCCACCUGCCGGGGAUCGUGCAAGAGGCCGCGGCCCUGCGGGCCAAGGGGGCCGAGGUCGUGGCCUGCCUGAGCGUCAACGACGUGUUCGUGGUCAGCGAGUGGGGCCGGGCAAACGGGGCCGAAGGCAAGGUGCGGCUCUUGGCAGAUCCCACCGCGGCCUUCGGGAAGGCAACGGACUUGCUCCUGGACGAUUCCCUGGUGCCGCUCUUUGGGAAUCGGCGCUCCAAGAGGUUCUCGAUGGUGGUGCAAGAUGGCCGGGUGACGAGCCUCAAUGUGGAGCCGGACGGCACGGGGCUCAGCUGCAGCCUUGCCCCCGCCCUACUGUCCCAGCUGUGAGGCCCCCUCAGCCCCGAUCCCCCCGCACCCUCCCGCAUGCAGCUCAGCUUCUAUUUCGGCCCAGGAACCGCACAGCCCGGGCCUUCUCCAAUAAAUAUUUGGAGAGCCUCCA